CCGAAUAACGAAAGAGGGGUCGAGGGGACGCAAAGUCUAAACUUCAGGGACCUGCAGAAAAACUACUCGUCAUCACUAAACAACAACAAAUCCUAACCAGCAAAUCCAUUCGGAAAGGACAUUUGAUUUCAUCCCUGUAACUAGAAUCCCUAAAGCUGCUGCAAGAUUUCAAAAUGGGUUCUCCUAAACACACAAAGAAACGCCAUUCUCCUCCUCUUCAACUUCCGUAAACCUGUCUUUUCAGGUCAUUUGAGCGCGUCUCAAUGGUAUGCUCCCUCCGUGGUGGGCAAAUGACAACCCUUCUGGAAGGGGGGAGCACCUCGCAGAUAAUGGCAGAGGAUGUAGGCUGUUGGAAGUUAGCUGCUCAGUAUAUUCAAAGAGAACUUAAAGAGGCAGAUGAAGUAAAUUUGCUUGAUGAAGAAGAUAUGCAUGUAUUUGGUUUAAGGCCUAUGAUGGAUCCUUUAAUCUUGGUUUGUUGUGAUUCUUGCAAGAAACCUUUGAAGGUUAGCCAAUAUGCAACUCAUGCAGAGAUUUGCAAGUCAUUAAGUUCAGUAACAGACAACACAACAGAGAUUAUCCAAAAGAAACCUCUAAGAAAGGAACGCAAGAAGUUGCAAAAUACUAUUUCUAAAGUUAGUAAGCCUCAAAGAUCUGAGCUUUUUAAUUCUGCUGCUUCAAAUUCUCAUGUGGAUGAACAAACCCUAAAACCAACUUCAUUUCCUAUAAAAGCAAAAGCAAAAGGAAUAUCUGGUGUUCCAGCACCACUUGCAACCAAGAUUUUCUAUUCUCAAAGAAAUCAACGGCUCAGAGCUGCAAUAAGCCACAUGUUUUACACAUCAUCAUCAUCAUGUUUUGAUCAUGGCUUAAACAAUUCAGACAACAAUAACAUGCCAUUAAGAACAUCGACUCAUGCUUAUUUUCAUCAUAACAAAACUGAUGACCAAUGUGAAAAGGAAAAGGAUGUGUUUUGAUCAAAACAGCUAGAGAAUCAUGUCACAUGUAGUAUGGAAAAGUGUGAUCCAAUUCCUGCAAAAAGCUCAGAAGCUAUUUCAGAUGAAUCAAGAACACUCCUUCCUAUGAACUUUUAAGAUCAGUUUCAUGCGAAUAACCAUUUAGGGCCUCAAAGAAUUCAUGUAGGGAG